UCUAAUUAAAUUGUUUAGUUUUGAAUUAAUAGGAAUUAAUUAAACUGCUUCGCUUUGAGUUCAUAAUUUUAUUUUGGUCGGGUCUCCUCUCCUCUCAAUCAAGAACCGGUCAUUGACUUUUCGAAAAAAAAUUAAAGAUAGGUCAUUGAACUUGUCCUCGUCCCAAAAAUCGGCCGAAGAAGGAAACACCAACAUCCCGUAAAGUCAAUUGUCAUGCGUGAAGACUGAGGAGACUACAUCAAUAAAAUCUAUUUAGAAAGCAAAAAAAGAUGGUCUGAAUUCAUUUCAGUCAUGAUUUUUAUCGCUAAAACCACAUUGGAUAAAAAAAAUCGCACCUAACGCCAUGAUAAACUGGCCAUGACCAGAAAAACUUGAAAUGUCAAACCAAACGUCAAAAACACGUGUUUUUGUUUUGGACACAGAGCACGGUUUUGGUCGUGAUUUCGACUGAAAUUCUAAGUUUUAACAAUGAAUGUUGAAGAAAUAUUAACGAAAUCCAGCUUUUCGAUGCUGAAAAAUAAAAUUGAUAUUCGAAUUUUGAGUGCAUUAAAAAAUAUGGGUCUAGAAAAACCAACGCGAAUUCAAGCCGAAACUCUGCCACAUUUAUUAUCAAACGAGGAUAUUAUUGGUGCUGCUAAAACUGGAAGUGGAAAAACUCUUGCUUUUCUUAUCCCAGUCAUCGAUAAACUCGUAAAACUGGGAUUUUCCAGGAAACACGGUGUGGGAUGUAUAAUUUUAUCGCCGACAAGAGAGUUAGCGUUACAGACUCACCAAGUUCUGAAAAAAGUACUCACAAACAUUGAUUUGUCUUGUUGUUUGAUUGUUGGUGGAGAGAAGAAAGCCAAGGAUAUCCUGUCUUUAAAGAAAGGUGUCAACAUUAUAGUGAGUACUCCAGGAAGAUUACUGGAUCAUUUACAGAAUACUGAAAACUUUAACUGCAACAAUCUAAAAUGCCUAGUUGUUGAUGAAGCUGACAAGUUGUUAGAGGCUGGUUUUGAAAAAGAAAUUACAGGAAUAAUAAAGUUGCUUCCAAGUAAAAGACAAACAAUAUUAUUUAGUGCCACAAUAGAUAGUAAUGUGAAAAACCUAGCAAGGUUGGCUAUGAAGAAUGAUCCAAUAAUUGUUUCUACCAAUGAUGAAAAACAAUCCACAGUUGCUGGUCUUCAACAAGGAUAUUGUGUUUGUCCAGUAGAAAGCCGAAUACCCUGGUUGUAUAAGAUGCUCAAGAAGGGAAGGAAAAUGAAAACAAUGGUAUUUUUUUCAUCAUGCAAAUCAGUUGAUUUCCAUUACGAAUUUUUCAACCUGCAUUGCAAGGCGUCGGUGAUAAGUAUACAUGGGAGACAAAGCCAGGCACGAAGAAAAGAAGCAUACCAAAGUUUUGUGGAUGCCCAAAACGGCGCACUGUUUUGCACGGACGUGGCCGCAAGAGGGCUGGACAUUCCUAGCGUAGACUGGAUAGUUCAGUACGAUCCUCCUACAGAUCCUAAGGAAUACAUCCACAGAGUUGGGAGGACCGCUAGAGGACUAAACAAUAAAGGAAACGCCGUUAUACUCCUGAGACCAGAAGAGGAAGAUUUUGUAAAUUACCUAAAAGAGGAGAAAGUGUAUUUGGACAAAUACAGUUUUGGCGAUCCCCCGGGAGAUGUUCAAGAAAUGCUUGAAGAUUUAGUGUCAACAAACGGAGUGGUAAAAACAUUAGCAAGAAAAGCUUACUUAUCCUUCCUGCGGUGUUACAAAACGCAUCCAAUGAAGAAUAUAUUCAAUAUCAAGACACUGGACUUGAAACUGGCUGCUAAAGCAUUUGGGUUUCUGGAGCAACCGCACGUCGAUUUUCUUAAAUCAUCAAAGAAACAUCAAAAUUACUAUAAUAAUUUGUACAUAAUCAUGGAGGGUCAAGAAAGAGAUCCAAAACUUAAGUUCAAAAGUCUGAAAGAAAAAUGUUCACCGCCAAGUAUGAAAGCAAUUAAAAACAUGGGAUUCAAAUACAUGACUGAAAUUCAAUCUGCUGUUUUGCCUAGAGCUUUAGAUGGAGACGAUAUAGUUGCCACAGCAAAGACUGGAUCAGGAAAAACAUUAGCUUUCUUGAUACCUGUUGUUGAAACAGUGGUUAAAUCUGAGCCAAAUGAGUCAACUGGUACUUUAUGUAUUAUCAUAUCACCUACCAGAGAGUUGGCAAUACAGACAUACACAGUUUUGCAAGAUAUUAUUUCCUUUCAUGGGUGUAUAACAUCUAGCUUAGUCAUUGGUGGAGAAAAUAAAAAGAAACAGAGCAUGGAGCUUUCAAAAGGUGUGCAUAUAGUAGUAGCUACACCAGGCAGACUAUUUGACCACAUGAGAACUAAAGAGUUUGAUUAUAGAAAUGUAAACUGCCUGGUGUUAGAUGAAGCUGAUAAAAUAUUUCAAUACGGGUUUGAAGAAGACCUAAAACAAAUAGUUAACCGUCUUCCAAAAAAUAGGCAAACAAUGUUGUUCAGUGCCACCUUAUCAGAGAGGACAGAGGCUUUGAUCAAAUCUGCAAUGAAAGAUGAUUUUCGGGAGAUAAACACUAGUGAAGAUAACAUCAAAGCUACGGUGGAUGGAUUGAAACAAGGGUACAUGGUAUGUGAAACUGAGUACAGAAUGUGGUGGUUGCACAAAAUGUUGAAGAAAACCCAGAACCAAAAAGUAAUGGUAUUCUUUUCAAGUUGCAAAUCUGUUGUAUUUCAUUAUGAAUUCUUUACCAGACAUUGCAAUGCUUCAGUGCUAUGCAUUCAUGGGAAAAUGAGUCAGAUAGAUAGAUCAGCCACUAUGAGGAAUUUUUAUAAUGCUGAAAAAAUAGCAUUGUUUUGCACAGAUUUGGCAGCUAGAGGAUUGGAUAUACCGGCUGUGGAUUGGAUAGUACAGUUUGAUCCACCUUCUGACACCAAUGAAUACAUACAUAGAGUAGGCAGAACAGCCAGAGGUUUAGGGACAGUGGGAAAUGCUGUAUUACUACUGAGGCCAGAAGAAAAUGGAUUUAUAGAUCAUCUAAAAGAGGCCAAGAUUUAUUUAGACAAAUACGAAAGUUGGGAUAAAUAUCACAAUUUACAACCCAAGUUAGAUGCAGCAAUGCAAGAUCCAGAACUUCAUAAAAUGGCAGAGGAAGCUUUUGAGGGCUAUAUCAGAGCACUAGAAGUCAGAAAGUUGAAGCACAUCUUCAACGUUAUUUCAAUGGACAUGAAUAAAGUAGCCAAAUCGUUUGGUUUAAAAAAGGCACCAGAAGUUGACAUCUAUACUGGAUUUAGCAAAAAGCAUCGACCUAGAAAAAGGAUGGCUGCAAUGCUAGCUGCAAAAACUGAAGACAGUAAUAAACGCAUAAAAUCAUGAAUAUAAUUUUAUUUUUAUAAUAUUGGUAAAUUAAAUUGUAAAUAUACUACAAAAUAAUACAAAUCAGAUUGUUUUAUUGUUGAUUACAGCAUAUAGUUUUUAGUAUAA